CGGGCACGGCCGCCGCCAGCCCUCCCCAAUCCUCCGUCAUCCUCCCCGCCGCGGCCGCCUGGCCUCCUGACAGCCGGCGGAGCAGCAGCCCCACACGGCCCCCUUCCCGCCAGGCACAACUAAACCAUGGAGCUUCGAGUAGGGAACAAAUACCGGCUGGGCAGAAAGAUUGGCAGUGGUUCGUUUGGAGACAUUUACCUAGGAGCCAACAUUGCGACUGGUGAAGAGGUGGCUAUCAAACUGGAAUGUGUCAAAACCAAGCAUCCCCAGCUCCACAUUGAAAGCAAAUUCUACAAGAUGAUGCAAGGAGGAGUGGGUAUCCCCUCCAUUAAGUGGUGUGGAGCAGAGGGGGACUAUAACGUGAUGGUGAUGGAGCUCUUGGGGCCGAGCCUGGAAGAUCUCUUCAACUUCUGUUCCCGCAAAUUUAGUCUCAAGACAGUUCUGCUCCUGGCAGACCAGAUGAUUAGCCGUAUUGAGUACAUUCAUUCCAAGAACUUCAUCCACCGGGAUGUGAAGCCAGACAACUUCCUUAUGGGGCUUGGUAAAAAAGGCAACCUAGUAUACAUCAUUGAUUUUGGUUUGGCCAAGAAGUACCGGGAUGCCCGGACCCACCAGCACAUACCUUACCGGGAAAACAAGAAUCUGACUGGCACAGCUCGUUAUGCUUCUAUCAACACCCACCUGGGAAUCGAACAGAGUCGUCGUGAUGACCUGGAGAGCCUGGGCUAUGUGCUCAUGUAUUUCAACCUGGGCUCGCUGCCCUGGCAGGGCCUCAAGGCUGCCACCAAGCGCCAAAAGUACGAGAGGAUCAGCGAGAAAAAGAUGUCAACGCCAAUUGAGGUGCUCUGCAAAGGGUACCCUUCUGAGUUCUCGACAUACCUCAAUUUCUGCCGCUCGCUGAGGUUUGAUGACAAACCUGACUACUCGUAUUUGCGACAGCUCUUCCGCAACCUCUUCCACCGCCAGGGCUUCUCCUACGACUAUGUCUUUGACUGGAACAUGCUGAAAUUUGGAGCAGCCCGAAACCCUGAGGAUAUGGAUCGGGAACGGCGAGAGCACGAGCGAGAAGAAAGGAUGGGACAGCUCCGGGGCUCAGCCACACGAGCACUGCCCCCUGGCCCACCUGCUGGAGCCACUGGCAACCGACUUCGCAAUGUCGCUGAGCCCAUGGCCUCCACCCCCACCUCCCGAAUCCAGCAGUCCGGAAACACGUCCCCCAGAGCAAUCUCAAGAGUGGACAGGGAGCGGAAGGUCAGCAUGAGGUUACAUCGAGGAGCUCCUGCCAACGUCUCCUCAUCUGACCUCACAGGGAGGCAAGAAGUGUCACGGAUUUCAGCAUCACAGACAAGUGUGCCAUUUGAUCACCUUGGGAAGUGAGGAGCAAUUGCCACUGGACCAGUGUUUGCUUAGGUGAGUCCUGGUGCCUGGGAUCCUGCAAGGAGGGGAUUGCUAGCACCAGGGAUUAGGUUAAAUCCUUGAUGUAACUGUGGGGGAUGGGGCAUUUCAUUUCCCCUUUGCCUUACUUUGAGGUGUUUUUUGGCUUUGGGAGGAAGAGCAAAGGUUGCUGCCAGAGCCUUGAGGAUGAAUUAUCUUGGGUGUGAAAGUAGCUUCUGUUUUUCCUGGAGGGUAGGGAGGGUAGAGAAGGUGCUGCGCUGGGGAGCCAUUUUGUUAAUUCCUGACGAAUGCUUUUCUGGCAGUGUGAUGGUGGGGAGGAGUGUGAAACUUUGCACAGCUAAAGAGUAUCUCAUCUAACUGGACAAGGUAACUGAGGGGUGGCAGGAGAGCAGGAGAAAAAGGCGAUUUGGUUAGUUCUGCUCCAGGUGGUAUUGAAUUGACUGGGGAGAGCCUCUUUGCCUAACUUCCUUUUCUUUUUCUCUCUUUUUUUUUUUUUUUUUAAUUUUCUUGAUUUCUAGUGUCUUCACUGUAUUUUUCUUU